CUCCUCCUCUUCCCGCCGCAACAUGGCGGCGCCCGGCGGCAGCGGCCCGCUCCGCCUGCGGCUGCUGUUCGACCACCCGCCGCCGGGCAGCCCCGGCUGCGCGCUGUGCUGGCUGCUGCUCGAGCCCGGCCAGGCGCGGCUCGUCACCGACCUCGUCAGCAUCAUCCGCCACAGGUUCGGCUUCAGCCGCCGGGCCCGCCUCAGCCUCUUCCUGGAGGGGGCGCUGCUGCCGCCCACCGAGAGCGCCCGCCUGGUGCGGGACAACGACGCGCUGAGAGUGAAGCUGGAAGGGGUACUCGCGGAUGGUGAUGAUGAAGAGGCGGAUGAUGACUUCUCCUAUACACCAAGCAAAGGCAAAAAAAGGCAUAAACGAAAGCAGAAAGAGGAGGGAUUGUCUAGGAAUGAAGAUGACAGGCAUAAAAAGGAAAAGAAGAAGAAUAAACAUAACCCUGAGUAUUCCUCUUGUAGAGAAGAGACCUCUCUAGAUAUUUUGGACUCUCAAAAGAAACACAAGAAACGAAAAAGAAAAGAAGAAGCUAGUGGAAGUAGACUCACAGAAGGUAAGGAAGAGAGCCCUACUGACCGAUCUAAAAAGCUUAAAAAAGCAGAGAGGGAGAAACAGUUGGCAACAAAAACAAAGGAUGGAAAGCACACAAAGGUCGCUGCAGCAAAGGUGGCUUUAGAACAGGAAAAUGACAGCUUUUCUUUAAAUUCUGGUAAAAAUAACACCAAAAAAUUGACAACAGAGUCCAGGAAAAAGAGGGUGGGAACUUCAGAUUCCUCCAGCACGUCAUCUGACAGCGACAGCAGUGAAUUAAAUAUAAAGCAAAAUAAAUCUUCCCAUAAACCUGCAGUGGCAACACUUCCCAGAGACAAAUCCCAAGCUGCUACAAACUCUGAGGUGAAAACUGCUAUUUCUAAUAAAGUGACUAUAAAAUCUAAAGCUGAAAAUUCCACUAAGACUGCAGUUAGUAAGACUGCUAAAAAAUCACAGUCCUCUAGCGAGGAUUCUGACUCAAGUACAGAGGAUGAGAAAGUGGCACCAGCACAAGACAGUACCACACAGGAAAAGUCAUUGCCUAACAAUGUAGCAGCUGUAAAAGCAAGUACCACCAGUGCUCCCAAAGCAAAGACUUCCUCCUCUUCAGAAUCUGACAGUUCAGAUUCAGAAACACUUGUUAUUAAAAAACCCACAGCAAAUGCUGGAAUGAGUAAUUCCAUAGUAAGAAACAGUACUAAACUGUUGCCAACCAGUAUUCAAGGACCGGUCGCCAGCCCAGGUCGUGGAAGGGGGCGUGGAACAGGAGAGGAUAACUUCUGGAGAGGACCUAGGGGCCGUGGGUUUCGUGGGAUGAUGAGGGGCCGAGGCCGUGGGAGAGGAGAAAACCCUGGCUUCUUCUAUAACUACAGCAGUGAAGGCCAGAAACAGAGGCAGAUAAAUGAAGCUGUGACAAAUACUUCUUUUCUCGUCCAGAAUGCCGUGGAGGUCCCCAAGAGAGACUAUAGUGUAUUACCUCUUCUAGCUGCCCCACCACAAGUGGGAGAAAGAAUUGCCUUUAAGCGCUUGGAACUAACUGAAAAUUACAGUCCUGAAAUUUCAGACUAUAAGGAGGGGAAAAUAAUCAGUUGGAAUGCUGAUAAAAAACAGAUCGAGCUUGAGAUCCUCUCGUCUUCAACAAGCCAACCUGCUAAAGAGCCAGGGAAAUUUGAUCUGGUUUACCAGUCUGCAGAUGGAGCUGAGCUGAUAGAGUAUGCUGUUCCUCAUGAUACAAAGAUAACUGAAAGUUGGGAUGCGCUGAUAGAACCAAGACUGAUUGUUGAGCCUCCAGUUAACGGAUCAGGCAUUGAAAAUGGAGCAAUCUAAGAUGUGAAUACAUGUAAAUAACUGUAUGGACUUGUUUUAUGAAAUACUGCCUUCAAGUUCUGAGGGCAGCAGAUGCACUGGUGAAUAUUUUUAAUAAAUGGUUUCAAAAUGAAAUUGAUGCCAAAAGAAAAAACACUUUUUCUUAGGAUAUGUUUUUUAUGUAAUACAAAAAAUGCUUUGUUUAUUAUAGGAAAUCUUUAAUAUAGAUUUGAUUUUUAAAAUAGAAUCUUAGUCACACUUUUCAUAUUCCACCACUGUGAGCUGUAAAACUGGAACGGUUUGAUCAAAAAUAUAAAAUAUGACCUUGUACUGUCAGUAGCUCCAUUUAAAUGUCUUGUUUUGUCUAGAGCAGUAUAACUGCCAUACAGUGGCAGCUUGCUGUAAGGAUAAUUAAAGACCAGCAUUUAAAAAUCAAAUAGUAUUGAUAUGCGUGACUCUUCCUGUACGGCUGCAGAGAGUCAUACAAAUGCCAUGACCUUGCAGUUGUGUACAGGGUUCACUUGAAUGUGUCAAGAAAAAUGUACAGACUUUAAGCUUCUGUAAUUUUGAAAGGCAGAUAAAUACUAUGUGUAACUGAGAAUUUUGUCUGGAACCAGUGGAGUAUUACAGGAAUCCUAGACAAAAAUGUGUCCCUGUGUGUUAAUCUGUGUACGCUCUGAAAACCUUUUUCAGCAAACCCUUUUGCCCUUUCAGUGCUGAAGUGUCUGUACUGACUUUUUUCUUUCCUUCCUAAUCACGGAACGGGUCAUCAUGUGGUAGUGGUGCACUUACUGACAUCUCUGCUAAAUACCAGUGUUGAGUUAGGACCUUGUGCCCCUAAGGUAUUGUACUUGCAUCUUGGCAAAUCUUAAAAUUUAAGACUCUCCAUGUCUCAGAUAGUUGACUCUUAAGCAGAAGACAUUUAAAAAAAAACAAAAAACUGAAAAGCUGCAUGUCAUGGUUUAGCUAAUAUAUAUUCUGACUAAUGCAUGAUUACAUUAAAAUAUUGCACACCUUUGUGUUAUUCCUAUUAAAAUGUCUCCGCUGUGAAGAAACGCUUUUAUAAGUAAAAUUAACUUGUGUUGCAGUUCUCUUUAGUCGCUGUUGUUUUAUGUUAAAAAUCUGAUUCUAAAUGUGGAUAUACUUGCAAACUGGACAAAGGAAACACUUCUGAUACUAGUGCAAUCAUGUGGAGACAGGAUUAAUUGAAAGAUUAUUUUUAAGGAAAUUGUUAAUUUUGAGUUCUUAUAAAACUGCAAAUAUUAAAUGCAAGGAUUUCACAGCCUGUUAGAGCAGCACUUGCCUCUUGUUCCAUUGCCUACCGUGUGUUUUGGCUAUAAAGUAAAGAUAUAGUGUCCUGUGAGAAACAGAUCAUGAUUGAAAACGAAUAUACCCCAGAGAAAGGAUGUUUUGAAGAUAAAAUCUUGAGUUUUAUUUAACCAUUGUUACCAAGUUAGCACAAAACUCCUGUUUCAGUGCACAAUUUAAAUCAAGUAAAUGCAAUCUGAUAGAGAUGGCUUACUGCCCUUCCUGCCACACCAAUGUACUUGUUCUUGACAGAACUAGGCACUAGUUUCCUCAUACCAGGCAAGCUGGAGCAGGGCUGGGUCGCUAAAUUGGUAAGAAAUGCAGAAUAAGGUAGAUGUGCACAUGAACCACAGAGGGAGAUGGUGCUACUCUGACCAAACCUAUUUUGCUUUUCUUCUGUCACCUUGCAAGCCCCAUUGCUGAGGCGUUCCUGGCUAUCAGUCACAGCAGCCCCUGCCACCUUCCUUUAUGAAAUUUAGAAUUAUAGGUUUGUUAAGAAAAAAUCUGUUCAUGUUUUUUUUUUUUUUUAACAAACUCCAACCUCAUGACUCAAAAUGUGUAAGUUUGACCUAGCAGGCUACAGUCAUAAGUGUGCAACCUGCUGUAUAAAUAAUAAACAUUUGCAGCGAGAAGCUGGCAGACGGAAGGUGUUGAACAGAUCUUAAGAUACCUAGAGGUUUGCUGCUGUGACUACAGACCUGCCAAAAAUACAGUGUGUCAGUUCUUCAGGAGUUUGGAGAUACUUAUAAUUUUGAUGGGGAAAUUGUACCUGCUUAAGCCAGUUUAAAUAUUAAAUCCAAAAAAGUCACAAAGUAUGAGAGUGCCUAUCUUGAUGUUUGCUCAGUCAUGUAUACUGAUGAACAAUUUCUUCUGCUGUUCUUUUAACUUCCUGCUUCAAGCCUGAGUGGCAUUUUAAAUACACAAUAUCUGGGCAAAGGGUUAGAUUUAAAUCAGAACCACAUGAAGAAAUUCUCGAGUAAUUAUGAGGAGGCAAACAGCUUCAAUAGCUGCUUAAAUAGUGAAGUUCUUCAAUUAUCUUUAAACUUGUUUUUAGUUGACAGGAGUGGUUGGGUUCAUUCAACAAAUUUUCAAGACCUGGUUGACAAUGGGGAAAUUUAAAUUGCUCAUCUGAGCUCUAAACAUCCCGUGUUCUGCUCCAGAAGCAAAGCUACAAUUGUGAGAGUAUAUAUUUAGUUAU